CGAAACGGCUGCGCCUCCAAGACAUCCAAGCUAAAGCACUGACGCAGGCAACACAAAUGGCGAAGCACGACCCGUCCGUGGACGAUGUUGCAUCGCCUGACGUGGCGCCAAUAUCUUCCACAAACAGCGCCCUGCCAAGUGGAGCGGCCAAGUACCAAGUUGAGGAGGGAUUGAUCACCAAGUCGUCCACGAGGCAUCCUCUUCAUGACUCGAACAAGAUUGUUCCGGUCCGCGAACGGCUCCUCCGCAAUUCAGCUGGGGCAGCCGCGAUCGACGAAGCGAAUGAAAUGCGCAUGCGCAAGAACAAGGCGUUUUUCCAGUCCAAGCGCAUCCCCAAAGCGGGCGACCGCGCCGUCAAGAAGGCGUACAAGCGGCAAGCAUACUUGCACCCCAACUCCCAGUUCCGCGCCGGAUGGGACUUGUUCAUGAUUGUCUUGCUCGUGUACACGGCGCUGCUCACACCGUACGAGAUUGCGUUCGUGGACACAGUCUCGUUGGACGGCCUCUUCAUCGUUGAUCGCACCGUCGAUCUGUCGUUUCUGGUCGACAUGAUGUUCAAUUUCAUGACGCCAUUCAUCGACAAAGAGAACAACCAGCUCAUCGACGACAGUUGGCAGAUCGCGCUCCAGUACAUCACGGGCUGGUUUGUCUUGGACUUCGUGUCGAUCAUUCCGUUUGAUGUGAUCAGCAUGUCAUACAAAGGCGACAGCAACACACCAGAAGUGUCGGCCAAGAAAGACCUGACGUCGCACUUGAAAAUCAUCCGCAUCAUUCGGCUCUUUCGCCUCAUCAAGCUCGUUCGUGUGUUUCGCGCGUCGCGCAUCUACUCGCGAUGGGAAGCGAUUCUCGGGUUCAAAUACACAAGCGUCAAGCUGGCCAAGUUUUUGUUUUGCGUGUUGAUAUUAGCGCACUGGCUUGCGUGCUUGUGGGGGCUGACCCCCGCGCUGGAAGACGUCGGGCCCGACGAAAUGUCAUGGAUGGAUGCAUACGAUGUCGACGAGGGCAGCUCGCUCGAGAAAUACGUCGUGUCGCUGUACUGGAGUGUUAUGACGAUUGGUACCGUUGGGUACGGCGACGUCCAGCCCAAGACCGACUUUGAGCGGUGCAUAUGCAUCGGGUGCAUGCUCUGCGGCGGUGGAACGUAUGCUUACAUCAUCGGGGCCGUGUGCGGGCUGGUGGCAUCCAUGGACGAGGCCGAAACCGAGUUCAACCAGCAAAUGGAUCACUUGAACGUGUAUAUGAACAAGGAAAAGGUGCCGCGAGACAUGAAGAUCAAGCUCCGCGAAUACUUUUUGCACAGCCGCGACCUGUUGCAGCACAAGUACUUUAGCCACGUGAUCGCGACGCUGUCGCCCGGUCUGCGCGGGCUCAUCUCGGUGUACACGAACGGCGAAUGGGCCAACAACAUUUACUUUUUCAACGGCGGGCCGUACGACGAGCACGUCCGGUUCGUGACGGCUAUCACACAGCAGCUCAAGGCCGAGCUGUACCCCCCCAACGAGAACAUUGUCGACUUGGGCGACCCCACCGACAAGAUGUACAUCAUUUCAAAAGGCAUUGUCGCGCGGCUUGGCCGGGUUAUGGGGAAAGGCCGGUUCUUUGGCGAAGACGUGAUCCUGAGCCACGGGAUCCGCAAGUACACGGUCCGGACGCUGACGUACGUCGAUGCAUACUCGCUGUCCCGCACGGACCUCGAGGGCGUCCUCGCCAACGGCAUGUUUCCGUUCAAAACCAAGAAAAUCCGAGUCGCCGCCACCUUCCUCGCGCUCAAGCGCUUGCUGCAGUCGCUCAUGCUCGAGCUCCGCCUCUUGCGACGAGAUCCGGUCGGCAACGGGUUCACCAAACUCCACGAAACAAUGUGGAUGCGACGGAAUUUACUCGGCGACCCCCUCGUCACACACAACCAAGUGCAAUCGCAACUUCAGCUCGCCAUGGAGCGCCUCACGACCGCGGUCAAGCACUGCAAUGACUCGAUCGAAGAUGCCGAGCACGCCAAGUUGGCCGCCGCCAAUUCCACCGACGGCUCCUUGAUGCUCCUGGCAGCCCACAAGCGAACCGACUCGAUCGCCACAUCCAAACAAUUACUCGUUCAAGCCAUCGCAUUGCUUCAAAAGUUGUCCGACUCGCGGGUGCCUCCGCUGACAACGUGAUCCAGCCCUCGAUCAAGAUGGUCGCGUUAUGCCUUUUUAAUCAAGUCGUCAAUGUCGAUCGCGUCAAACUUGCCUUUCUCGGUUUCAACAAACAGGAGGCUGUGGUCGAUCACGAUGCUCUGCUUGCCAAACGUGUACACUUGCUGCCCGUCUUGGUUCUUGUGUCGUUUUGGUGCAAACUCGAUGUUGUGCUGCAUCGCAAACUCUUCGACAACGUCGCGCAUGUUGACUGUGCCGUGGAGGUCGUGCUUGGGAUGGACGGGCGCCGCGCGCUUCUUCCCACGAAGGAGGGCUUCCUCGUACGUGGACGGGAGGAGUUUGAGGCCAGGCAACGUCGCGGUUUGCUGGAUACAUUGCAUCACUUGCAACGCGCCGUGAAAUUGCAUGCACACACGCUCUUCUACGAGCAAGUCGUACUCAUCAAACAGCGCCUUCCAUCCCCUGUACCAGAUCAGGAUUUCCCGUGCGGCGGUCGGCGGGUUCUGCAUCACCCAUUCGGCCAACACGUUGAGCCACUUUGUGAAAAAUUCCGCUUCGAGUAACGCGACAAACUGCCGAUCUGGCAACACGCGGUGCCACGCCAGCACCCACUCGAGCGGCUCGAGUUGCUGCGCCUUUGGGUUAAUAUGGAACUCGCGAUUUAACACACGCACGAGCUUCUUCACAAUGUGUUUGUGGGUGAAGACUGCAAAGUCCUCUGGCGUCCACACAUCUCGCCACGGAAGCAGGACACCAAAUAUGGACGUGUCGUUCGGGUGCCAGUUGAUCAGUGUCCGGGCAAGUGUUUCUCGAAUAACGGGGUAGACGUCGUCUGCAAAAUUCGCUUCAAAGUGAACGCGCCAUGGUAGCAGCCAGUCGUGGAUGCGUUCGACGUCGACGACGCUGUGGCAUUCGCGCACGGCGUGCUGAAGCCUCGGCAGGACGUGGCUGGUCAAAACCAAUUGGACAUGCGACGAUGCAACAAACGUUUGCAAGAACUCAAUCAAGUCCAAGCACGGCGACGCAACGUCCCAUCGAUGCAGCGCCGACACCAGUCGCGGAAACAGAACCUGCGUCACGAGGUAGUCGUAAAUCUUGUCGUGGCGAGUGGCCGACCCGACGUUUGUCGCAAACACGCUCACUUCGUUGGUGUUGAGCGGGGCGACGCACGUAACGAGACACUCGUGCACCAUGCGAAAGACGCCGCGCAGGUCCAUCGCAUUGUCAUCGACUUUGAGAGGAUGCCACGAUGCCGCCAUCGCCUUGAGUAGCGGCAGCCCGAGCGACGGCACGACGUCGAUCACGUUGUGCGUCUCGAAUUCCGCUGGGUACUUUGUCCGGAGUGUGACGGUCAUGUUCACAAUGGCCUCGAUAGCCCCGAUGGCGGUGACCUCUGGCAACGUCGAUUGCAGCUGCUGCAACCCAGCCACGACCGCCGCGAGAUUGUCCGUGGCGACUUGGUUGACACGAAGUUUACCCGCAUCCACGGCCUGCGCGUCACGAAGCGCUUGCAACCUCGCGCGAUCCACCGAUAUUUUGGCAUGAAGCGCCCGGAUCGAUCCCUCCGUCUCGUUCACGAUAUGCCGCACGUUGUGCAAUAUCUCCUGGCCCAACAGCGGCACUAAUGGUUGCACGGCGGCGGACGGCAACGACCCCAUGCCAUCUGUGUAUACUUGCGUCAAGGGGCCGCGCAUGUCAACGACGAGAUCGAUGGCAGUUUUCUCCUCUUCCAGCACAUCUUCGACAGUCUUGUGUUUUCGUUUCCUUGAUGUCGUCGUUGUAGUUGCGCCGGGGAUUCGCUUUCGCCAUGCUCCAUCGUCUGGGGACGGGUCCGUGGAAUCGUCGUCUACGUCGUCGUCACGUUUCCCGUGCAAGUCACGCUCGAUUUCUUUGUUUUGCUUGAGGGUCGCGGCUUCCUGGAAGCCACCAUAUCCGAGACCCCGCUGAUUCGGUCGCGCUUUCACGGCGACAGGUGCUGCCACACCCUGCUCAUCUUUUCCCAAUCGACCUUUGAACCCCAUCUUUUCCAGCAUCUUCAUCCCAAAGCCCUUGGUGUGCUUCUGCCAUGCUCCCAUUUUCUUAAUGUCAGGAACUGGUAGCACUGGUUUCACGCUGCGGUCCGCAACUACAGGAGGUGCUUCGGAUGUCGACGCGUUCAAUGGCUUCACAUCAUCGAGCACUUCUUCGUGCGCAACCUCCACGGGAACGCUGAGCAUCUGGGCGAACUCGCUGUUGGAGAAUCCAAGGCCGUCCAUGCUUCGUCCCGUUCGUCCACGCUCCUUCU